UUGUAGUAAAUUACAUUAAAACUUAUCGGUUACCGUAAAGUUCAGACAAAAAUGCUUUUCACUGUUUCCCCCGACUAACUCUAGUAAGAUACAUAAUCCGUAAAAUGUAGCAUCUGGACCAAAAUAUAAAAAUGACUCUCAGUGCGAACUUGCUGUUAGUCUAUCAAAUUUGAUGGUAAUCGAUGAUUUUCAACACACCAACACAGUUACUUAAAUGCUGGACUAUCGAUAUAAAUAUAUAGAGCACAUAACUAUUGUCAAUAAUUAUCGGCAUAUCAAAGGCAAUAGUUGUUUACCUAAUUAUUAAAUACCUUUAUUAGUAAAGUUUUGUACAAAUUUGUGUAUUUACCUAUGCUUUUACACGUGUGUAUUAUUUGGCCAAGAGUCUGAAAGAUCUAAAAAUGGAUUUCAAUUUGGGUAUGGACCUCUUUGGAACAGACGUUCCGCUCGACAACCGAGAAAUAACGUGCAUAUCUCCGGAAAACUAUAUUAAAAGCGAAAUAACGUUUGAAGAGGAACAAAUAACAGAGACAACUUUCCUAGACUUGCCAAUAGAACAUAUUUGCCAAGUGGAAGUGGGCACAGCUCUGGAAAACAACGAGGAUAAUUUAUCAAACCUCAGCAAUGUAGGCGAAAUGUCUGAGCUUCGGAAAGAAGCUGAACAAUGUGCUGAUCAUGAUUCGAAAUUUUCCGACGCAUUGAAUGACCAUAACUAUACGUCCCAAGAAGUCGUGGUGGGCCAACCCAAACUAGAUAGAGUUAAAGAUAUUCUUUUGAAUUACAUUAUUUCGAAUGGAACAGCGCCUGAAACAGUUCCUAGUCAUGUAACAAGUUUUAUUGAUAGUACAAUUACGAAAAUUAAGAUGUUUCAGUUGCAAAAUGUAAGCAAAAAUACUGACGAAUUGAAUUCUACUGGAGGUCUAACUCGGAGUAAUAAUACAACUUUGCCAGAGAAUUGCUCGGAGCCCCUGGAGGUUGAGGCCAAUGAUGAAUAUUUCGAAAGCCUUUAUGAGAAUAUGAGCGAAAAGAAAAUCGCUUUUAGCACUGUUCUUACCAACACAACUGAUUUUGCAAAAGAUUUUUAUGAUGAAUGCCAAUUACUAACAUCAAAAACAGAAGAAGAGUUCAAAGACUUUAUAUGUGGAAAAAUUCAAAAACUUAAGACAGUUGCCAAUAUUAUAAAGGCAACUGAUCAGUGCGUCCAAACAACCUUUUCCAAAGGCUCUAUAAGAAAAAGGCGUAGAAUUAAUCAUAAUGCUAAAAGAUAUCUCUUAGACACAUCUGCUUCCUCCAGUAUGGAUAGUGAGUGCGGCAGUUGUGAUGAUCAAAAGAAAGAUCCAAGUGAAAGUAAUUUAUUGGCAUCGGAUCGGUUGCAAGGCUCAAAAGCUCGCAAUUCAAUUCGAGAAUUUGAAUACAGCGAUGGCAUUGAUCUUAGUAAAUAUAUUAACUUAGAUUUUACCAAUAGUAAAUUCCGACAAAUGUCCAGCGAAGAAGUUGACAAUGAUAAGACGUUUUCGGGCUCAUCAGAAAGUAACACGGAUAAGGAAAUAGAAAGGCUCACCAAUUUAAAUGGUCUCAAAAAGCGUCAUGGACACAACCGAGGAGUCAAAUCCAUUGAUAAAAGCAAUCUCAAGUCGCUAAGUAUCAAGAGUUCAAAUACGCCCAAUGAUUUUGAUGAUGAUUUGGCAAUGUAUGACACUGAUAAUAGUUUCAAAGAAAGUGACGAUGAGGUUAUAACGGAGAAUCAGUAUCUUUCGCGAUUCAAUGAGCAAAUUAAACUGCAACUACUAAAUGAAUCGAACAGUGAUUCUGGACUUUCAGAUCAAAGUGACUACAAUCUCUCCAAGGAAUCUUCUACGGAAGAUGAUAAUAAGGGAGAUGUCGUAGACAAGUUUCUGCAAGUUUUUAAAUGCGAUAAUGAUGAUAUGGUGAAGGAUGAUGCCAUUAAUGAGACCAAAGAGAACAAACUUGAAUCUGAAAAGAAAGAGUCCGAUAGUUUUGAAGUUAGCGAUGAACUAUGGAAUGAUAACUUUGCAAACAAAAAUAGAUCUAAGAAAUCUUUAGAGAAAUUAAUGGCUGAAGCAGAAAAGCGUAAUCAAAAUGAAGAAAUCGUACUUAGUUCGGAAAGCGAUUAUUCUGACGUUGAGCCUGAACCCGUGGAAGAAAAAACGAGAUUAAUUAAGCCAAUGCUGCGUAUGGAUCAGUUGGCAAAUGAGACGAGAGCUGCCCAAAAAUCAGAAACUGAGAGAAUACGAAGGCUGGAAAAAAAACAUGUACUGCUUUCUAAAGCAAUCAAGAGUAAUUCGGGCAAUACAACAAAAUCUGGUUUAAUACUCGACUAUAUUGAAAGUACUAAAACGUUUGUAAAGGUUGAUGAAGAAAUUGUUAAACAACUGAAGCCGCAUCAAAUUGAUGGCGUCAAGUUUAUGUAUGAUUCAUGUUACGGUGGAAUUGAUCACAAUAAGAAAAACUCUGGUUCGGGAUGCAUUUUGGCUCAUUGCAUGGGCCUCGGAAAAACUCUACAGUUAAUAGCUCUAUUGCACACCGUCAUUUCAUACAAGGAACUAAAUACAACGAAAGUCUUGGUUCUCUGUCCCAAGAGUACUGUCAUGAAUUGGGCUGAUGAGCUGCAACGCUGGUUGGGGCCAUUAAGAAGUAACACUCAUAUAAAAGUAUUCGUUUUUCCGGAUUCAUCUGAUAUUUUAGAUAAAUUACGCGUCUUGGAAGAGUGGUCGGUGUCAUCCGUCAACAGAGCAGGCUGCUUGUUGGUUGGCUAUGAGGCUUUCCGGACUCUUGUGUUUUAUCACUCUUAUAAGAACCGUGGAAAUUUAAGUUCUGCGAAAUUAGAAAAUAUUCGAGAAAAAGUAAAUAAAUACUUACUGCAACCAGGUGCAGAUCUUGUCGUUUGUGAUGAAGGCCAUAUCAUAAAAAAUAGCAAGUCAGCCAUAAGUCUGGCUGUUGCAAAAAUAAUCACACCAAAGCGAAUUAUUUUAACUGGCACUCCAAUUCAAAAUAAUCUCAAAGAAUGUAGAUUACAGUAUGGUUAACUUUAUAAAACCUUUAUACCUCGGAACUGAAAAAGAAUUCGCCAAUUUAUAUGCAAAUCCAAUUAAGAAUGGACAACAUAAGG